AUGCCUACGGAUUCUGAAUGCGAGUGCGACCUGGUGUCGAAGGAGUGGUUGUUGGCGAAGUUGCGGUCCGACGAGAGGGAUACGGUGCUCAUAGACUGUCGCGGUUCCAAUGAGUACUCAAUAUCUCACAUCCGCUCCGCAGUGAACUUUUCGAUACCAAGUAUUAUGUUGCGACGGUUGGCGGCGGGGAAGAUCGAGCUCGUGUCCACAGUUCAGUGUAAGGAGUUAAAGGCAAGGAUCACGCAUUGCCGUACACGAGGCAUAUUCGUGUUGUACGGAGACGGAGUUCCACGGGACCCCGACUCUGUUCAUGGAAUCCUGCUACGGAGACUAAAGCAAGAUGGCGUGCAGGUCGUCUGCCUUGAAGGAGAUUUUGAAGAGUUCCGACGCGCAUACCCCGAAUGGUGCAGCGAGGCUGGGGCUCAGCAUGUACCGCAUCUUCCACUCAUGGGUCUACGGUCGCUACGUAUCUCUGGCUCUGGUUGCGAAGAGGCUCUGUCCUCGGGCUCAUCAUCCGAGUGCGAGGACACGCACGGCCACGUCCCGCAAGACUUCCCCAUCGAGAUCCUGCCCAACCUGUACCUCGGCAACUCCACCAACAGCGAGGACUGUGAUGCGCUCGCUAGGCAUAAUAUUAAGUAUGUGUUGAACGUGACCCCAGACUUACCCAACACUUUUGAAGCGGAGGGCUGCGGUAUCAACUAUUUGAAAAUACCCAUCGCGGACCAUUGGAGUCAAAACCUCUCCGUACACUUUCCACAGGCCAUAAGAUUUAUUGAGGAGGCGAUGUCGGCGCGCUGCGGCGUACUGGUGCACUGCGUGGCGGGCGUGUCGCGCAGUGUCACCGUCACGCUCGCCUACCUCAUGCAGCGCCACCGCCUGUGUCUGCGCGACGCCUUCGAGCUGGUGCGCUCGCGCAAGACGGACAUCGCGCCCAACUUCCACUUCAUGCGGCAGCUGCACUCGUUCGAGCGGGACCUGGGUCUGCACGAGCACAGCGCCAGUCUGAGUAAGGUGCUGGAGGCGCUGGGCGCGCGUGAGACGGGCGCCGGGGGCGCCGAGGCCGGCUGCGGGUGCGCGGCGCCGCAGGGCGUGUCGCCCGACUCGGGCAUCGAGUUCGACCGCUGGAGCGCGGCGCGCGACACGCCGCAAUGA